AUGGCUUCUCCACUGGCAAAAGACCCUGCAGGUGCCAUACAGCUGCCCGUUCACUGGCACAGACACCAGCUGAGGGCAGCAAAACCUGGUGCUGGCUGUGUAUCAAGAUUUACCAUGAACUCCAUGCUGCUGCCACUAUGCAGUCUUGCAGCGGUUUUCUCAGACAAGCUGCUGUGGAUCCUGGCGGGUAGCUGUGGAUCCCGACUGGCAGCAUCCCUACGGAAUGUUUUCUGUGGCAAGGGCUUCAGCUGGCACUCCCGCCUGGUGACCCACAGGCCCACGCACACAGUCAAGAAGUCCUACGCCUGCACCGGCUGUGGCAAGCUUGGCGGCAGCUCGCACCAUUUCCGGCACCAGAUCAUGCCCGCGGGCGAGAAGCCCUCCACCUGCCCCUCCUGCUGGAAGAGCUUCAGCCAGCACAACACCCUGAUCCAGCACGAGGGCAUCCACACGGGCCUGAAGUCCUAUGUGUGCCAUCGCUGUGCCAAGUGCUUCACCCGCCACUUGGACCUGGUCACCCACCAGGGCACCCCCACAGGCGCCAAGCCCCAUAAGCGCCCCAUCUGUAGCCGGUGCUUCAUGCAGAGCUCGGCCCUGGUCACCCACCGGUGCGCCCACACUGGGGUCAAGCCCUACAUGUGCCCCGAGUGCGGCAAGUGCUUCAGCCAGCACUCCAACCUCGUCACCCACAAUUGCACGUACACGGGCCACAAGCCCUACCACUACCUCGACUGUGGCAAGAGCUUCGGCCACAGCUCACACCUCACCGCCCACCAGCGCAUCCACCACUGCGUCCAGCCCUCCUCCUGCCCUCUCGGUGGCAGGAGCUUCGGCCAGUGCUCUAACCUGCACCGGCAUGAGAGGAUCCACACCACGGGGCUCAAGGCCCUGGCCAUGCUGAUGCUGGGGGUGGUGGGGACUCUGGCGGCACCCCUGCCUGCUCCCACUUAG